AUGUCUACUACAAUCAGUGUCGUGCAAUACCAAAGCUCUCCGCAGAAGAUCCUGCAGCAGACGCAGAACACGCAGCGUGAGAUAAUUAUCCUGCGGAAACAGCAGCAAGUUCUGCCGCAGGGCAAAGAGGAUUUGUUGGGACGGAAGAAGUCGCGCGUCGGUCACAAGGAGGUAGCGCAGAAUCCGCCGCCAAUAGCCGUGGCGAGGAGAAACGCGAGAGAAAGAAAUCGCGUUAAGCAGGUGAACAACGGAUACGCCACUCUCAGGCAACACAUCCCUAACUCUAUAGCCGCAGCCUUCGAAUCUAAUAAUGGUCGUGGUGGUAACAAGAAGUUGAGUAAAGUUGAAACUCUGAGGAUGGCAGUGGAGUAUAUCCGAAGCCUCGAAGAUAUCUUAGCCGAUCCUGAGAAUCCCGGGAAUACCUCGCUGGGAUCGUCCUACAACUCAUCCACACCUUCCUCACCAGCUCUGACCACCGCAAAUCUCACCUACAAUUAUCAACUCAUGUCGCCUAGCAACGACGAGGAUGACUUCUCCAACAACCCCACGCCUCCCCCGACCCAGUACCAUCAUCAUCAGCAGCGCUACCACGAGCUGAACUUCUAUGAUGACAGCGAGAAUCUGGAGCCGCUCGACGACAAUCUCCUGUCAGAUCCGUCCCUAAUGGACACCGACAUCGAGUUGGGCAAUCAAGACUUAUCGCUGCUGAACACGAUGCAUACCACGACGGGCUCGUUAUCGCCAGAAAUGUACAGCGAUAACUCACUUUCACCUAUUUCCAUCGAGCGGUCCGCAGCCGACCGACAAAUGUUCAUUCCUGUUGUCUUCAAUGCGACGACAAACGAAGACGUCAAGAUGAUGAGGAUCAGCCCCGCCGGUCCGAUCAUCAAGACCGAACCGCCCGUCCUCUCCCUGCAGAACGACACCGAAAUGCCCGUCGACACCAAGGAGAACAUGAUCCAAGUCAUGGCAUGGUGGGAUCAACAAGAAGUCAGGAGUUAG